ACAGGUUCAUUCAACAGCGCAGAACCAUUGCUGACCUCACUGUCUCUUUGUGAAGGGAAAAUCCAGAGUUGCAUUCUGUGAAAUGGCAAAUAGUCGACCAGCUGCGAGCGGAGCGCAUCUCUGUCUCUAACCUAACACAGGCCUACAGAUGAACGCUGAAGAGCCCACUACCACACUCUCCUCUGGACAACAGAACAUACAAGGGAAACAUGAAUCUUGAUGGAGAUACAUUAUCUGUGAUUGAGAAUCCUGUGGCUGUCAGUCAUUCUUUACACCCAGAGAAGACAGGAGUGGGAGAGGCCCGAGUAGCUCAGAGUCAGAGCUGCCAUGCCUGGCUGAGAGGAAUCCACUCUACAAACCACAUGUCAGCCAAUAGACUGGUGAGAGUACUGGCUGCUGUGUGUGCAGUAGGACUUCUGGGAGGCUUAGCAGUCGGAGUGUGGUUCCUAGUCAGGUUGUUGUUGAGGCCUACCUCUUCCCAGAGUCCAGCAGGGCUAGGGGACACCAAGGAGACGUCCUUCUGUAACGUGACUGAGGACAUCUCUGUGGCUGACCCCAGGAAAGUGUUUUACAGAAUCAGCUCGGAGAACUCUCUCUUGGAGAUCCAGUUAGAGAAGGUUCCCACCUGGCUGCCUGUGUGCUAUGAGAGAUGGAACUCUUCCCUGGGGACCUUGGUCUGCCGCCAGCUGGGAUAUCUAAGACUGACCAAGCAAAAAGGGGUGAACUUAACCGACAUUGGACCAAACUACACAGAUGGCUUUAUACAGAUUACCUCCGAACACAAGAGCAGCCUGGAAAAUAUAUGGCAGUUAAGGGGGAGUUGCGUCACAGGGAAGGUUAUAGCUUUGAAAUGUUUUGAGUGUGGGACGCGUGCUAAGCUGCCCAGGAUAAUUGGGGGAGUGGAGGCUACCUUGGGAAGGUGGCCCUGGCAAGUCAGUCUCUACUACAGCAACCGACACACCUGUGGAGGCACCAUCAUCACCAGCCAAUGGGUGGUCACCGCAGCCCACUGUGUGCACAACUAUAGGCUACCACAGGUGUCCAGUUGGGUGGUCUACGCUGGUAUUGUCACACGCAGUUCAGCUAAAAUGGCUCAGUACAUUGGAUAUGCAGUGGAAAAGAUCCUCUACAACAAGAACUACAAUCCCAGGAGCCACGACAAUGACAUUGCUCUGAUGAAACUGCGAACCCCACUGAAUUUCUCAGAUACCAUCAGGCCUAUUUGUCUGCCACAGUACGAGCGUGAUCUUCCAGGAGGAACACAGUGCUGGAUCUCUGGCUGGGGCUACACUCAACCGGAUGAUGUUCUCAUCCCUGCCACGCUAAAAGAAGCUCCGGUUCCACUGAUAAGCACCAAGAAAUGCAACAGUUCCUGCAUGUACAAUGGAGAGAUCACCCCCCGCAUGCUCUGUGCUGGAUACACCGAGGGCAAAGUGGACGCAUGUCAGGGGGACAGUGGGGGUCCUCUGGUCUGUCAAAUUGACAAUGUAUGGAGACUGGUGGGCGUGGUGAGCUGGGGUACAGGCUGCGCUGAGCCCAACCACCCCGGAGUCUACACCAAGGUGGCCGAGUUCCUCGGCUGGAUCUACGACAUGAUUGAGAGCUACUGAGGAGGAAGAGGAAUAAGACAAUGGAUGAUCAGGGAGACUCAUGUAUGACCAGAACAGGCCUAGAGCAAACUGAAACAUAAGAUGCUCCUGACAUUCUUCCUCCUGUACUAUAUCUGUCAUUUUACCUCCUUAUAAUGGCCAUGUUUAUUGCAGAAAUGCAUACAUUAUUUAGGAAAUAAUUUUAUACUAUGUGUUUGUCAUACAUUUUAUUUUUAGCACCUGAAUGAGAACAUAUUUAUAUCAUAUAUU